AUGCAGUACUCUUGUGAACAUUGUUCAAAAGCAUUUUCUACGCCGUCGGCUUUAAAUACACAUUUAAGAGUCCAUACUGGCGAAAAGCCAUAUUCUUGUGAAGUCUGUUCAAAGGCUGUUUCUACUUCUUCACAUUUAAAGGAGCACAUGAGAGUCCACACUGGCGAGAAACCAUAUUCUUGUGAACAUUGUUCACAAGCAUUUUCUGCUCAGUCAGCUUUAAAUAGACAUUUAAGUGUUCAUACUAGCGAAAGACCGUAUUCUUGUAAAGUCUGUUCAAAGGCAGUUUCGACUUCUUCACAUUUAAAGGAGCACAUGAGAGUCCACACUGGCGAGAAACCAUAUUCUUGUGAACAUUGUUCAAAAGCAUUUUCUACCCCGUCAGCUUUAAAGAUGCAUUUAAGAGUCCAUACUGGCGAAAAGCCAUAUCUUUGUAAAUUCUGUUCAGAGGCAUUUUCUAGUCCUGCAAACUUAAAACAGCAUUUGAGGUACCAUACUGGCGAAAAACCAUACCCUUGUAAACUCUGUUUAACAUCAUAUUUUCAGCGUACAGAUUUACGGAGGCACAUGAGAACUCACACCGGCGAGAAGCCAUAUUCUUGCCAAGUCUGUUCCAAGGCAUUUUUUCGUGCCUCCGUCUUGAAGAGACACGUGACAGUCCACACCGGUGAAAAAGCAUAUUCUUGUGAAGUCUGUUCAAAGGCGUUUUCUCAGGCUUCAAAUUUAAAGGAGCACAUGAAUGUUCAUACUGGCGAGAAGCGACAUUCUUGUGAAAUAUGUUCAAAGGCAUUUUCUAGUUCUACUCACUAUAAGAGACAUCUGAGAGUCCACACCGGUGAAAAAGCAUAUUCUUGUGAGUUCUGUUCAAGGGCGUUUGCUGUUUAUUCACAUUUAAAGGAUCACAUGACAGUUCAUACUGGCGAAAGGAAAUAUCCUUGUGAAGUCUGUUCAAAAGCAUUUUUUCGUGCUUCACACUUGAAGGUACAUAUGAGGACUCAUACUGGCGAAAAACCAUAUUCUUGUAUACAUUGCUCAAUGGCAUUUGCUCGGCCUUCAACUUUGCAAAACCAUAUGAGAGUCCAUGCGUGCGAAAAACCAUAUUCAGUGGAUGUUCUUUAAAAACAUUUUCAAGAGCUUUUUUUACUCUGGACCAUGACAGUUCACGCUGGCGAAAAGCCAUACUCUUGUUAAAACACUUGAACGGUGUUUUGACUGCCUUCACAUUUAGUGCAACACGCAUUAACUUACUCAACGGUUGAGUUCUAUGCGGCACUUAAACGCAUAGAACUCAAAAUCCAUUCUGUGAACAUAGUUCAAAGACAUCCAUCCUACUCAAUUAAGGAGUACAUAAAUGCAUUACAACAUGCUGUCAAAAAUCACACUUCUGUGAGCAUUGUUUAACAACUUUUUUUUUUUUUUUGAGUUGAAGCUUCACUGUCAAAAAAACACUUGUACGAGCCCACUUUGGCAGAAAAAAUCUUUUCGAAUGCGUUUUCUAAGGUUUCAUAUCUGAAUUUAUCCUUCUGCCAGCUAAGCUGUUUAGAGUAUAUGAAGUAUGCAAAUAGAGUAACAAUAGAACUAGAACGAUCUAAAAGUUAUUUUUCGCCCUGUUCACAAAAAAAAAAAAAAAGGUUUUGACUACUUUCGAUUUUAGCAAAAGGAACGUUCAACUUUCAGCUGAGUGUGCAAACAUAAAUAAACAGUUAUAAUUUAAUUCCACCAUGAGGCUUCUCAGAUUUCACAAGAAAGCUUUCGCCUCUCAAUUUAAAGAGGAUUGCUUGCUAAGUGCCUCGCCUCCAUUUUUACAUGUGAUGGCGAAUUUUCCAAAUUCUUUCAUUAGCAGACAAGACAACCCAGGGAAGAUAUAAAACACAAAGAAAGGGAAUCACACCCAGGGCACACAAUUGGGAAUCAAAUUCACGACCUCCAGUACCGCACGUUGCAAGCACAAACACUCAGCCAUGGAAGCUUCCGUUUUCACCUUCAUGUGGCGAGUAAAAUGCCAAAGACAAACCUCAAUAUUUCCCCCAAUCUCGAUGGCCUGUUUCUUCCUUGCGGAUACAGAGGCACGCAUUCUAAUUUCUUUUUAAUUAUUCUGGAUCUUCAAGAUCUGACCACAUUUUGUUGAUAUUGCAUCCAGCCAGAAAAAAUAUGCCCCUGAUUACAAACUGGUAAUACAUGUGAUUUCGUUUAAAGACUUUUUCCCUUCAAGUUUCGCCCACCAUUGGAUAGACGUAUCAGUUUUCACACUGAGGUAUAAAUAGUACGCAUUCGUCUAAAUAUUGUUCAAACUAUAUUGUUUUAUUUGUAUCGAAUAAUAAAUAAAAAUUGAAUCUUUA